AUUUGAGCAGAUGCACCGUAGUAGGUGUGAGAUUUGACCAAAUCCGAAUGUGCUUGGUAUUUUCUCUUCUUUUCUUACGAUGGCCACCGAUUCCGAUCCAACAACCCACGUCCGUAUAAAAUCUUCAUUAGGCCAUUUUAGUUUCGUCUCAGCCUCUUCUUUUCCUUCUUCCAAUUCUUCUUCCAAUUGCUGCUUCUUCCCGUUCCAUCUCUUCUUCCUCCUCUUUCUUUUUUUACCGUCGUCAGCAAAGUCGAUUUGUGUUGUGGUUGUUAUACGUCAGCGAUGGCCGCGACACUACUUUCCUCUGCGCCGAAGAUUAUCUAUAAUCCCGUCCUCCCCUCCUCGGAGCUGCUCGGCCACCCUUCCAGGCGAUUCCUUCCUCACUUCUUCCGGCCCGGCCCGGUCGCCGUCCGAUCCAUCUACCUUCCUGAGUCAUCCGUGGUCGCCCCCUUCUCCGGUUCCACCCGAGCUGACUGGCAGACCAGCUGCGCUAUCCUCGCCAGCAAGGUCGCCGCUUCCUCCGCCCCCGGCGACAACGGCACCUCCAGCAGUGAGUCGUCGCAGAACCACUUGGGCAACGGCGCCGCCUCCCUCAAGCCCAUCUCGUUGGAGAAGUUGUCGUCGUCGUCGACGACGACGACGACGCUGGACCUGGUUCCGGAGGCCAACCUGCUGCGUCCGCUCUCCAUCUGCGACCUCUCCCCGCCGCCCAAGCACGGGUCGCAGCUCCGGGUGGCGUACCAGGGGGUGCCUGGCGCAUACAGCGAGGCGGCGGCGGGAAAGGCGUACCCCAACUGCGAGGCCAUCCCCUGCGACCAGUUCGAGGUAGCCUUUCAGGCGGUCGAACUGUGGAUCGCCGACCGCGCCGUCCUCUCCGUCGAGAAUUCCCUCGGCGGCAGCAUCCACCGCAAUUACGACCUGCUCCUCCGCCACCGCCUCCACAUCGUGGGGGAGGUCCAGCUCCCCGUCCACCACUGCCUCCUCGCCCUCCCCGGCGUGCGCAAGGAGCAGCUCAACCGUGUCAUCAGCCACCCGCAGGCGCUUGCGCAGUGCGAGCACACGCUGACGGCCAUGGGCCUCAACGUGGCGCGCGAGGCCUUUGACGACACGGCCGCCGCCGCGGAGUUAGUGGCCAACCAGGGGCUGCGCGACACGGCGGCCAUCGCGUCCGCGCGGGCGGCGGAGCUAUACGGGAUGCAGGUGGUGGCGGAAGGGAUCCAAGAUGACGAAGGGAACGUAACGCGGUUCCUGAUGCUGGCCCGGGAGCCCAUUAUCCCCCGCACCGACCGUCCCUUCAAGACCUCCAUCGUCUUCGCCCACGACCGCGAGGGCACCUCAGUGCUCUUCAAGGUUCUCUCCGCCUUCGCCUUCCGCGACAUCAGCCUGACCAAGAUCGAGAGCCGGCCGCAUCGCCACCGCCCCCUCCGCCUCGUCGACGACGCCAACGUCGGCACCGCCAAGCACUUCGAGUACAUGUUCUACGUGGACUUCGAGGCGUCCAUGGCGGAGGCUCGGGCCCAGAAUGCGCUGGCCGAGGUCCAAGAGUAUACCUCCUUCCUCCGCGUGCUCGGUAGCUAUCCCAUGGACAUGACGCCGUGGGCUGCUGCCGCCGGCGCCGCCUCCUCUGCGUCUUCAGAUUGAGAAGACGGUGAUGGAAUCCAACGGCGGAUAUUGGUCAAAACCAAACCCCCAUUGGCAUUGUAUUUGUUUGGUGGCAGAUGGUCCUCCGUCACCAACUCUUCAGAGACUUUAAUUGUUAUUAUUAUAAUCGUUGUAUUACAACAAUGUCCAACACCCUUGAAAAGUAUCUACUUCUACUACUAUUAUUAUUAUUAUUAUUAUUA